AUGGAAACACUUAGACAAGAACUGAAGGAAUGGAAGGAAAGAGUUGAAAAAGCUGAAAAAGCACAAGCUGACCUUCUUCGCUGUCAAUCAAGUGCCGAUGAGGAGUACAUUAAAGCACAGAAGGAGCUGAUGGAGCUACAGGACUUUCAAGAGAAACAGCUUAAGGACAUCAUGAUGUCUAGGGACACCUCUGAGAGAGAACUCUGUGUGCUAACCCAAGAAAACGCUGAGCUGAAGAGAGAGAUCGAAAAGCUGACAGAAGACCUUGCAGAAUGUAGUUCAGCGCCGUCAUGGAAUGGUCAGAUCAAAAAAAAGGUAGCAGAAAUAAAAAUGAAGUUCACCGACAUGAAAAUCGUGAAGGAUGGUUACCCAGAUGUGGAUACUCACUGUGUUUUUGGUGUAACUACAAAAAUCCCAUUCAGACUGAAUCAAAACCAGGCACUGCUUACUUUUGAAGACGAAGAAGUUGCCCAGAGGCUGCUAAAAAUGGGUAAACACACUGUGAACCUGGACAACAAAGUGGCAGAUGUGAAAGUGGUGCCUUUUACACUUGAAAUGGGAAUCAAAUUUGAGCUCCACGUCACUAUUUCUGGAAAGAAGAUCAACGUUUCAGAAAUACCCGAGCUGUCCAUUCCUGAAGACUGGAUGAGGGACAAAUUAGAGCUGAAUUUCUACAAGUCUGAACAGGGAGGAGGAGGAGAAGUAGAGAACGUGAAGUAUGACAAGGAGUCCAGGACAGCUGUUAUUACGUUCCUCAGACCUGGAGCAACUAACAGCUUUGUGAGAUGUACUAAAUAUCCUUUCUUUAUGAACGGAAGGUGCCACAGGCUUUCUGUUUCCCCAGACACCGACGUAUGCUUGGAAAAGUUUCAGCUCUACGGUGGGGUUUCAAAGAAGACCAUUCUAUUGAAAGGAAUUGAAGAGAUGGAAGACGAUGAGGAAAGUGUCCAGGACAUGAUUGAAAUUCAUUUUCAGAAGCCUAGUAAUAGGGGUGGGGAAAUAGAGAAAGUCAAGUAUGUAUCCAAAGGAGCAGCGUGGGUUUGUUUCGAGGAGGAUACUUAA